AUGUCAAAUGAUGAAAGAUUAGCAGAUUCCUACGUUAGUAGCCCGAUAGAAAUCGUGUCAAAUGAGGAAAGGGGAGGGAUAGAACAACAACCUCACUCAACGGCAACUGAUAUGGAGCCACUUUCAUGCGUGGUAACAACGAAUCAUGAUCGUCCAGAAUUACGUAUUCACACAAUGACACCGCCAUCUUCAAAUUUUCUAGAAGAGUCGAAAGCGCAAUUGUUAAUGAAUAGAAAAGGGUCGCUUGUUGAGGAGGAUGUUUGUUUCCCAGGAAAUUCUUUAAAUACGCAGGAAGGAAUUGAUUAUCAAGUAUUAGAGGAGUAUCUUUUGGAGACAAAGGCAAUACGGAAAGAGGGAGCUUCUGAGGAGGAUUUUCGCAUGAUGUCUCCUAUACAGAAAGCUCCGACGUUUAAUUUUCAGGGUAAACUUGGAAGGAAAUUAAGUUUUUACAGUGAUCGUAUCAAGCCAGCUGCUGAAGAUUUGAAGGAACAGUUACGAUAUACGUUUUAUUCGGUAGCGACUGGUUCAAUACGAGCACGUUCAUUAUCUGAUAUCGCAUCUGAAGAUACAACAUUAAGUGAAUUAUUGAAAAAAGGAACAUUUUGGCUUGAUAUAUUGAAACCUACAGAAUCAGAAAUGCGCAUGUUAAGCAGAAUAUUCCAUAUUCAUCCAUUAACUGUCGAAGACAUAUUUACUGAAGAAUCCCGGGAGAAAUGCGAACUUUUUAAAAAUUAUUACUUUAUUUGUUUUCGAACAUUAAACUUUAAUAGUCAAAACUCAGGUGAUUUGGAUCCAUUAAGCAUAUAUAAUGUUGUGCUUCGGGAAGGAAUUUUGUCGUUUCAUUUCGAGCAGACACCGCACGCACGAAACGUCAAACACAGAAUCAAACAGUUAAAGGACUUUAUCAAAGUUACUCCAGAUUGGAUAAAUUAUGCAAUUAUGGACGACAUAACCGAUUCAAUCGCACCCAUUAUUCUCGGCAUCGAAUCCGAAACGGAGACUGUCGACCAGUUGGUAAUGAUUCUCAAAGAAUCCGAGCAGUCAGACAUGUUACGAAGAAUAGGGAAUUGCAAGCGAAAAGUAUUAUUGUUGCUUCGAUUAUUGUCGACUAAAGCGGACGUGAUUAGAGGAUUGAUGAAACGAUGUGAAGAUCGAUUGUUGUUAUCGGCGGCUGGUGAGAAGAAUGGACUUGGCGAUGUAAGCCUUUACCUUGGAGACGUUCAAGAUCAUAUAAUUACUAUGCUUCAGACUCUCAAUCAUUGCGAGAAAAUUUUGGAUCGAUCGCACACAAAUUAUUUAGCACAAAUUUCUAUCGAAAUAACAAAACUUAGCAAUCUUACAAAUGAUGCAAUUGGGAAAUUGACUACUUAUGCGACAAUUAUUGUUCCGCUAAAUUUAAUACCAGGUUUUUGGGGAAUGAAUGUCAAGGUUCCCGGAAGGGAUCAAGAUGAUUUAAUAUGGUUCUUUUGGAUUGUCUGUUCUUUACUAUUUUGCGGAAUUCUUGCGGCAAUGAUAGCAAGACGAGCCGGAUUUAUGCAAUAA